GAUUCAUUUAUUAAUUUAAGCUAUUUCUGGAGUAACAUCCAUUUACUUGGGGGAUCGAUAUUCCAGAGAAGGAAUUAUGGAGAGAGAAGAGAUUCAUGUUGUAAUGGUGCCAUGGCUGGCUUUUGGUCACAUGAUUCCCUUUUUCCAGCUCUCCAUUGCCUUAGCUAAAGCAGGUAUUCGAGUCUCCUUCGUUUCAACUCCAAAAAACAUUCAGAGACUCCCGAAACUCCCUCCAAAUCUAGCACCCCUCAUAACAAUGGUCGAGCUUCCGCUCACACCGGCAGCAGACCACCGUGGCUUGCUGCCGGAGGGCGCCGAGGCCACCGUUGACAUUCCGCCAGAGAAGAUGCAGUUUCUCAAGGCGGCAUUUGAUCUGAUGGAGGAACCCUUCAAGCAGUUUGUGGCCAAGACGAGACCGGAUUGGAUCGUCGUCGACGUUGUCUCUCACUGGGCUGCCGAUGUGGCUAGAGAAUGCCAAGUGCCCCUUGUUUGCUUCUACGCCUACCCUGCGGCUGCUUGUGCUUUCUUUGGGCCGUCGGAGUGCCUCGCCGGCGACGGCCGGAAAAGAGUUAGGCCAUCGCCGGAGAGCAUGACGUCACCACCGGAGUGGUUCAGCUUCCCGUCGUCAAUAGCAUACCGCACCCAUGAAGCAAUUCUCGUGCACCCAGGAAUCUAUGGAAACAACGGAACUGGGAAACCGGAUGGUGACCGACUUGCCAAAAUACUCGAAUCAUGUCACGCCAUCGCAGUGCGUAGUUGCGUAGAAUUUGAAUGCGAAUACUUAAAUUCACUUGCCGGACUCAACAACGUGCCGGUGAUUCCAGUGGGUUUACUUCCGCCGGAACCACCAAAGGAGAGAGAAACGGUUACUGAUGGGCCCUGGACUGAGAUCUUCGAGUGGCUGGAUCAACAACCACCUAGUUCAGUUGUGUUUGUUGGGUUUGGGAGUGAGUGUAAACUAACCAGAGAACAAGUUCAUGAGAUAUCUCAUGGGCUAGAGUUAUCAAAUCUUCCUUUUCUAUGGGCCCUUAGAAAACCCAAUUGGGCCGCCGACGAUCCCGACAUUUUCCCGUCGGAUUUCGGUGGCCGGACAUCGGGGAGAGGGAAGGUGUGCAUUGGAUGGGCCCCACAAAUGGAGAUUUUGGGACAUAAAUCAAUUGGGGGGUCCUUGUUUCAUUCUGGGUGGGGGUCUGUCAUAGAGACAUUGCAAUUCGGACAUUGUCUCGUUUUGUUGCCAUUCAUAAUUGAUCAACGGUUGAAUGCAAGGCUGCUUGUGGAGAAGGGCUUGGGAAUUGAAGUGGAGAGAAGAGAAGAUGGAUUGUUUACGGGGAACGAUAUAGCCGAGUCGCUGAAACGAGCGAUGGUGUCGGAGGAAGGACAGGGGAUACGGGCCCGAGCGAGAGAAGCUGCCGCAGUUUUCGGGGACCGGAAGCUACAUGAUCAGUAUAUUGCUGAUUUUGCUGAGUACCUGAAACAUGAGGCUGUAAAACAGGGUUAAGAAUUAGGAAAAUGAUAUUGGCACUCCAAAAAUUGAUGCAGACACUCCAAAAUCAGUGUAAUUCCAAAGCCACUUUUCUUUGUUUUUUGGAGUGUCUGCAUCAAUUUUUGGAUUAUCUGUAUUUUCAAUAAUGUGGACAAGUGCUCGAGAGUCAUGCGCUAGAUGACUUCUUGCACUUCAGAGUUUUAAAUUCUAAACAAAGAUGUAUUGCCAUCAUCGGAAACGAGAAAGGCAAAAAAGAUGGACUGCUCAAAAGAAAUGCACAUCUAUGUUUGGUUGCUGUUU